AUGGAAGAAGGAGAGGGCCCCCGGACCCCGGAUUUGAUUGACUGGGCUCGACCGCUGUCACCAUGGGGUGAUGGAGAUUCGGUAACGCGUGUCGUGAACGCCAACGAUGUGCCCGAUUUGGAGGCAGAGCAACAUGUCUCUGUCAGCGCCACCGCCAGCGUGAGCGUGAGCACCGAGGUGCCGCCAUCCGUGUAUUUUACGAUACAUCGAAUCAGGCGACUUGUAUUAGCAAGCAUAGAUGACCCCUACACCCUGGAUCAGCUCCGCGAGCCUAGGAUGAACUCAUUAGUCGUUCGACCUCUUGUAGAUCGCCUAUACGACCCUGACGAUCCAACUGUCGCCCAUCAUACUGUGAAUGUCGCCCGCGCAACCCUUUGCGAACUCGUCGCAAGCCGAGUGCUGCGCCGAUACCAUGAGGACCACCCGGGUCAAAUAGGUCUUCUAAUCCUGGCGCACAUUCUUGUCGAGGGAUUCGACCCAUUCCAAGGCGCCCCCGAGGAAGUGGAAAGCGAAUGCCGGCAAGCCCAGUGGCCUAUUCAGCGCCGCGACGGCCAUGAAAGAAAACUCACGACGUUGGAGCUGGCCAUCAUCUCUGAGAGCAAGCUCUUCUUGAGCUCUUCAGCCUGCCAGAGACUCGUUGACGCGGUUUGGCAGGGGGUUGUCACUUAUACCCCGCUGUCGUUCGUCGAUAUCCUUCCGGACCAUUACGAGUAUGCCUCGGUCUCGCUAUACGAGCCACACAGGGCCCCGUUACUCGAUGAUCGACGGCUCAUUGUGCCGUGGAUCCGGCAGGUGACUGAGUUGUUCCAGUUCAUCACUCUUGUCAUUCUAUAUCUCCUGACAAUGGUGUACCGGAGUAGCGCCACGGUGAGUGGAUGGGAAUGUCUGUUUGCCGUAUACACGGCCGGAUGGACUCUCAACGAGUUUGCGGCGAUCAUCGAGCACGGUUGGGCAGUUCACUCUCAGACUCUAUGGUCAUUUCUCGACAUCACGUUCAGCUUCAUUUUCAGCUGCUAUGUCUUUGCUCGGGUAUACGACGUCUUGGCAUACAGCGGGGUCAUCGCGGACGGCUACGGGGUGCAUAUUUUAUGCCUGGCAGCUCCCGUGCUUCUCACCCGCGUGGCCUUUACUAUCAUGCCAGACAAUAUCGUCUUCAUCGCCAUACAUGCCAUGAUGAAGGACUUCACCCGUCUGACCUUUAUCUCCAUAUGGUGCUUCAUGGGCUUCUUCCUAUCCUUGCAAUGGCUGAUAGGAAGCAACGAAACGGCCAUCAGCGCAAGCGGUAACAAGCCUGCUUUGAAUUGGUACGACACCUGCAAGUGGCUCAUCUGGACGUGGUUCGGCUUGGAUGGCACCGGAAUUGACCGCUCAGAUGAGUUCCACCCCAUCCUAGGGCCAGCUCUUAUGAUUGCAUUUGCGUUUCUUGGCAAUAUUCUCUUCCUCACAAUCUUGGUGGCGCUCUUGAGCAAUACCUUUUCAAAGCUCAUCGCAGACGCCCCGGCCGAGAUCCAAUUUCGACGGGCCGUACUCACCUUUGCCGGCGUAAAGAGCGAUUCUAUCUUUGCCUACCCACCGCCAUUCAAUCUGAUGGCGAUUGCGAUCCUCCUCCCACUCAAAUCUGUUCUGAGCCCCCGAUCUUUCCACGAUCUCAACGUGUCCGUCAUCCGGUUGUUGAACGCGCCAGCACUACUCAUCAUCAGCGCUCUAGAGCGUCGCCGGCUAGCUCACCCCCGCCGCGCACGAUCACAGUCUCUGCUCAACUGGAGCUUCAGUGGGUUCAACCCGCACGGAGACAUUCAGGCCGUGUUCAAGGUGGAGCCGCCGCCGGGAGUGGAGCGAGAGCUGGAGGAGCUGGAUAACCUGAGCGAUGUCGGCUUCGCGGAGAGUGAACUCGGCUCCCGCGUGUCGUGGGACGUGAACAGGUCGAGGUCAAGGCGGAGAAUGGCAAGGAGAAGGCGGCCUGGAAGAAUGGUGUCGCCGAUCAGCGUGGUAUUUCCAUUGCCGAGCGUUCAGAGGGCCGGGACGAACGAGUUUGAGCCGUUGUCCGGAUCGCCGGUGAGGGUGUAG